GUGUCUGGCCUUUGAACCUUGUGUUCCCUAUAUACAGGAAGGGUGGAGCUUCUAUAUUCUCCAGAACGUCCAUGAAGCUCCAGUCAGAGGGCAAGUCCGUCUCAUCCAAGCGUCUUCCAGGGCCCACCACGGCCCCACGAUCCAACAACCCACCCCAUAACCCAACACCCCCUUGUGCACCAACAGAAAUCCACCGAAGCAGGACCUGAGACCUUCGGCAGUUCUAGUCUAGGGUCCUCACUGGGUUACAAGGACAAGCAUGGCUGACAAACUGGGACUGGCAGGCGUGACGGACGAGCCCAGCACCCUGAACAUCUUCACUCUGUUGGAGAGGGUGUCUGGGAUCAUAGACAAUGUGCAGGCGUGCCAGCAACGCAUGGAAGAAAGGCAGCUGGAGCUGGAGAACACCGUGAAGACCAUCCAGGUGGACGUGGUGAAGUUGACGAAGGAGCACACGGCGACGAGUAGCACCGUGGAGAAACUUCUAGAGAAAACACGCAAGGUCAGCUGUCACGUCAAGGACGUUCGUGUGCGGGUGGAGAAGCAGAACAUGCGUGUCAAGAAAGUGGAGGAAACCCAAGUCGAGCUGCUGAACAAGAACAAGUUCCGCGUCGUCAUCUACCAGGGAGAUAAUGAGGUCCCAGCUGUACCUGCUUCUAAAGCAUCUCCGAAGGGGGCAACAGGCGGAGACGCUUCCUUAGACCCUGAUGCCCCAGAGGCCCCGCUUCCAGACUCGGACGAGGAAUACAUGGUCGUUGAGGAGGCAGACUCAUCUACUGCUGCCAAACUAAAGAAGACUGGCCUGAAGCGCAUCGAAAGCCUGAAGCAGACCUUCUCCCGUGAGAACAUGGCUAAGACCAAAGAGAAUCUGGGCACCAAGGUCAACAAGCUGGGUGAGCGCAUAGUAACGGCCGAAAGGCGUGAGAAAAUCCGCCAGUCUGGGGAACGGCUGAAACAGUCUGGCGAGCGUUUCAAGGAAACCAUCACGAAAACCGUGCCAGCAAAACUCAACCUGAAGAAGGAAAGGACGGUGGCUGAAGGUCAGGAAGGAGCAGAAGGGACCACGGAAGGAACGGCACCCGUCCCACCACCGAAGGGCCGCAAGGCCAGCCCUGGAGUGGCCUACACGGAGCCAACGGAGAAACAAGAAGGUCCAGACGAGGGCAAGGGCGAGGAAUCAGAAGUGCCAAUGUAUGAUAUGAAGCAGCUUUCUUAAGCGGCAAGUCUUGACAGUCACAUUUGGGAAAGACUCAUGUACAGAUAUGAAUUCGAUUAUGGAGAACUUGAAGGUGGAAAGAUUGGGAAGAUGAGAGAUCUUGCUUCUAAGUGUGUGGAUAAGUGGAUGGUUCUAACGACAACUGAAUGAACGAAUUAAGGAAGUUGUACAUUACAAACAAAAUCCAUAGUUUUUUCUUCUUUUUUUUUGUUGAUUUUCUUGUUUACAUCUGUUAUGGACUAUGAAGGGUUAUAAAUGUUAAACUAAUGUACUGAGAUGACUAGGCUAUGGGUUGUAAUUUAAAUUCAGCCAAAAACAUGGUGCACUCAGUGAUUUUCUUUGUCUUUAUUCUGUCACCUGUGGGAGUGGAUGCAGCAUCAUGAAAAAUCAAGGUAUGAUAGUAUAUCCACUUCAGGUAGAAUUUUGUAAGACACUGAUGUCUAUACAUUCUUCAGGGGUAAAAUUCUUUGAGGAAAAAUGACUGAGUGCACCUUUUAUGGAUUGACAUUAUUUGUUAGGUGUGUGUAAAAAUAUUUUGAAGAAAUUUCUUUGAAUGGCUGAAUUUACAAAUAAUUCACAGAGAAGUAGAUUUUGGACUUUCUCUGGUGGACUUUAAAUAUAUCCUGGUGUCAACUGACAUCCAGCAUGUCAACAGUGGAUGAGUUAAGAAUUACAUUUUUCAGUUUAGAUGUUGUAGUGGUUUUUGGAAUAUAACAAACUGUGCAGACAAGUCAUUUAUGAACAAUAUUUUUCUGUUCCUUUCUGUGUAAACUCUGAAAAACAACUUUUGCAGUCUAACCUUGGUGAUCAAACAUCACCAUUCAGUUGUAGUAUUUUUAAAUAAACAUAUCAACUCAA